AUGGACUCACGGCUCACACCGCAACUCGCAGCCUCCUCCACGGCCAGGCCCAUCCACUCCGCUCUUCCCAUAGAGGUGCUUCAUCUGAUAUGCGGACAUCUGCCAAAUAGCGACAUCAAGAAUCUGCGUCUCACGUCCUCGUUCUUCGCCACCGCAGCCCGCCUGGAUUUCCGCCGCGUCUUCCUGUCCGCGAACUCGAGGAACGUCGAGGUAUUCCUAGCUGUAGCAAACCACAGCGACUUCCGCACUCAAGUUGUUGAGAUCAUCUACGACGAUGCCCUCCUGCCCGCAACCGACACUCUGUGGCACGGCGGCCUCUGGCUAGGUCCAGCCCAGCCGCUCGAGGAGCAGUGUACCAAAGGUCUGCCGCCUCGUUGGAUCCGCCAAGCUUGCAAGAACGACUUGGAGGCUCUCAUUGAGGCGAGCGAUGAUGAGCGCCGACACUUCUUGGAAGAUUACCUCUCGCAAAAUUUGACUUGGCAGAAGCUGAGAAUGUACCACUGGGAGAUGACGCUGCCCUACUAUUUCCAACUCCUCCGAGACCAGCAAGCCGUUCUCGACGACGGGUCAUACGUGGAGGCACUGCAUUUUGGCCUCGCCCAAUUCCCCGCGCUUCGGAAAAUCACCGUCACGGCCGCUACGCACGGUCGGCUGUUCAAUCCAUUAUACCACACGCCAAUGAUCAGGCAGUUCCCGCGGGUGUUCCAGUAUCCUAUCCCCCACGGAUGGCUAAGGCGCUGUGAGGAUGUUCAUACUUAUCACAACUGGGCCACUUCAAGAGAAGGUUGGAAUGGGUUUCGUGCUGUUAUCGAAGCUUUAUCGGAGAAUCUUGACGGCGGAAGAGUUACAGAAUUAUCCGUCGAUGCUCAUCUGGAACAUACCGGAAUAGAUGUCAGCUUCCUCAAUACUGAGACCAAAAUCUUCAAGCAAUUCGAGGCUCUUCUUGCGAGAAAGGACUUUACAAGCUUGAAACUCGAUCUGUCUGGCCUUAGCGAGGAGUUGACUGAGGCUGGAAAUUCGGACCGAUGGGAUCACAUGAGCAAUGGUCUUCUGCGCCGCGCACUUUCUGGCGCUCGAAACUUGAGGCAUCUCAGUCUUGCGACCAGCGAGGGCUGCAUCCCAGGAUACGGGACCUACCGCCCAACAACGCCGGUGCCGCUCAGAAGCAUGAUUCCCAAGAGCUGCUCUGCGCGUCUCCAGCACUUGGCACUCUGGUGUUUCUGGGUUGAAGAGAGCGAUCUGGUAGCUUUUCUUAGUGAGUUGCCAGAGGAGCUAGAAACACUUGAACUAAGCUAUCUCAAUUUCUCCCAGGGAAGCUAUCGGGGGACACUUGAGCAAAUAAGGGAUGGGAUGGGAUGGCAAAACAGAGAGAGAAAGAUCCAGAUCAAGGUUAGCAUCCAUGGAGUUGAGACAUCCAAUGCGCCAGUUUAUGGAAAAUCAAUAUGCAUUGAUGAGGAGGUACAUGCAUUCAUCUAUGAGAGCGGACCAAAUCCUUUCUCGGGGAAAGAACCAAAACCAAACGCUAUAUUUCGCAAUUUGUUGGAGGAUGGGGUAGGGAUAAUCACUGACGCUUUUGGUUCCAAAAUUCCGACGUUUAAAUAG